GCAGGUCAGGAAAUGAACGGAACAACCUUUAAAAUAUAUUUCACCUAGAGUGACUGCAGCGUAUCCGGGAAUCUCCGCCACUUAUUUUUCUUUUUUUUUCGGAGGCGCCAGGCUGCAAUUGUUUUUUAUGCAGCUGUCGGGACCCGGCAGUCGGUUCCUCACUUUGAAGUGCGCUGCUCCAGCUUCUCCGUUCAGUUGGUGUUGGAGUCGCCUACAGGAGAGACCUACCGUGCGGCAUGGCAGCCUGAAACCAUAGGGAGGAGAAAGGGAGGAGGGAGAAAAGCGCUAUUUUUUUCCUCUCGAGUGCAUUUUUCUCUCCGUAAACGACUCAAACCUGAACGGACUGUAUGUGGACGCGUUGUGGAGACGAGUACUGUGGAUUAUACGCGCUUUUCUUUGUGGAUAAAACAAAAAAAAACACAUCAGGAGUUUAAUUUGAGGAGAGAACUCGUGGAUCGAUGAGAGAAGACGGGCAGCCAGAGAGAAGCUCCCCCGCUGACAUAAGAGAGUGAGGAGAUUACAGUAGAAGCUCAGAGGAGUCGAAGAACACACGGGCUCUCUCCUGCUGCCUUCAGAGCCAUGAGCCGGGCGCUUAUGGACCAUAUCGCCAGUAGUUUCCGAGAAGAUGCUCCUCGACCCCCGGUGCCCGGGGAGGAGGGCGAGGCGCCCUGCUACCCCGGCAAACUCGCAAUGAUGAAACCUUUGGAACCCCCCAAAUCGGUUCUGCUCGGCUCUGCGGGUUCCUCGGCCAGGAGGAACGAGGAUGGUCUGGGGGAGCCAGAGGGGAGUGCCUCCCCGGAUUCACCGCUUUCCCGGUGGACAAAGUCUUUGCACUCUCUCCUCGGGGACCAGGACGGUGCUCUUCUUUUUAGGACAUUCCUGGAGCGAGAGAAAUGUGUCGACACUUUAGACUUUUGGUUCGCCUGCAAUGGCUUCAGGCAAAUGGACCUCAAGGAUACCAAAACGCAGAGAGUCGCCAAAGCAAUUUACAAGCGCUACAUUGAAAACAACAGCAUUGUCGCCAAGCAGCUCAAGCCUGCAACUAAAACCUUCAUACGGGAUAAUAUCAAGAAGCAACACAUAGACUCUGCGAUGUUCGACCAGGCGCAGACCGAGAUCCAAACCAACAUGGAGGAGAACGCGUACCAGAUGUUUCUGACCUCUGACAUUUACCUGGAGUACGUGAGGACUGGGGGAGAAAACCCGAAUCACGUCAACUCGAACGGGUUGGGCGACCUGAAAGUUGUAUGUGGAUACCUGCCCACCCUCAAUGAAGAGGAGGAGUGGAGUUGUGAUUUCAAAGCCAAAGCGCUGGUUGGACUGUCAGCGAAGGCGAAUAGGGCCCCCGUGUCCAUGAGGGCGGUGGAGGUGAUGGAGAGUCGAUACAGAUCAUACAAGAGAGGAGACUCGCUCAACCCCUGCCAUAUGGGCUCUUUUGCCCCCGUCAGCAGCACCAAUGACAGCGAGGUGUCUAGUGACGCUUUGACCGACGACGCCAUGUCCGUGACUGACAGCAGUGUAGAUAGCAUCCCUCCGUAUAAACUGGGCUCCAAGAAACAGCUACAGAGAGAGAUGCAACGCAACAUGAGGAUGAACAGCCAAGUGUCUCUGCCUGCUUUCCCUCGUACUCGUUGUCCUCCCAAGGAGGUGGUCCCAAUGGAGCCGGCAGAAUUUGCAGCCCAGCUCAUCUCUCGCCUGGAGAGCCUGAAGAGAGAGCGGGACACCAUUAACUCUCUGGAAGAAAGGCUGCAGCAGAUUCAGGAGGAGGAAGAAAGAGAAGAUACUGAUAUCAUGGGAAGUGCUCCCCAGCUCUCCCCCCACCCUUUGACCCUCCUCUCUGGCUCUUCUGACGAGGACCCCCAGGCCAUCCUGGACGAACACCUCUCUCGUGUCCUGAAGACCCCAGGCUGCCAGUCCCCUGCUGUCAUCCGACAUUCACCUCGCUCCAGCUCCCCGGAGCACAGGCCCUUCACCCGGGCAGGCUUUGGAAUCAAGGCCCUGGUGAGGACUGGGCCCUCCACUUCUUCUGUCUCUAGUCCUGACCAAGGGGCAUUCACUCUGGCCUUGGGCCCCGGCAGGACCCUUGUAAGCAGGCAGAGCACGAAACACAUCCACCACCACUACAUCCACCAUCAUGCCAGUCCCAAGACUAAAGAGCAGAUUGAAAGGGAGGCAGCCCUCAGGGUGCACGGCCUGUGCUCCAGCAGUGGGGACUGCCAGCCCUGCCAGCCUUACCAGCGCAGCCGCAGCCUUGGUAGAGAGACGUGCGGGGCUAUUUCAACAGACAACAGUGUGGGGCGUUCCAGUUCUCUAUCCAGGCGUGUGUGUCGUUCAGGGGCUGAGGAUGGAGUAGCGGAGAGGUGUAUGGAGGACUGUGGGCCGUUACAGCUGCCCAGCGACACAACAGACCCCACCCAAAAUGUGUUGCAGUGGAUCCUGGAAAGUAAACAGCGGGGCAGGCACAAGUCUCACAGUACGCAGAGCACCAAGAAAUCCUUUGGAGGCUCCUCCACCCAGACGCACACAUGGGGUGGUGGAGGAAGCUGUGGCCACCUACGUAGCCACCAGCCAGCCCAACCAUUCAUCCAAGACCCUGCCAUGCCUCCCCUGCCCCCUCCCAACACUUUGGCCCAGCUGGAGGAGGCCUGCCGUAGACUGGAGGAGGUCUCCACCAAGACCACCAAGCAAAGGCAUGCGAUGUCCAGUCUCCAGCGAGAGAAGAGCCACCUAGUGCCUGUCCAGGGUGGGGGGUCCGUCCCUCUGUCUCUAGUCAAUCCCAGCCCUGCUGGCCUCCUCACGACCAGCCCCGCUGGCCUCCUCACGACCAGCCCCGGUCUCCACUCAGAAGAGAUGAAGGAGUGUAAGAAGGGUUUAGGAAGCCAUGGGGUGUGCAGCGGAGAGACGGUGGUGACGUAUUUCUUCUGUGGUGAGGAGAUCCCCUACCGGAGGACCAUGAAGAGCCACAGUCUCACCCUGGGCCACUUCAAGGAGCAGCUCCGCAAGAAGGGCAACUACAGGUACUAUUUCAAGAAAGCCAGUGAUGAGUUUGAGUGCGGUGCGGUGUUUGAGGAAGUGUCAGACGACGGCUCCUUGCUGCCCACCUACGAGGGCAAGAUCCUGGGCAAGGUGGAGAGGAUGGAGUGAGACCAUGCUGCACAUGUCGUGGAAGAAACUCCUACACACGCGUCACACCUCUAUGGAUGUACUCCUUCAUAUGCUCACACAACACACAAACACACAAAGCGUGUGUCUUUUUAAGCUAAGACUGUAGGUCUGGAGAUGUUGCUGAAGGGAUGUUGUUGAGGUCGGUGGAAACGGACUGGAUGAAAUAUGGAGAAGAAGAAAAAAGGAGGAGGACAAGUUGGCGCUAAUGCAGGACUAUCAUGUGAACAGCCCGCCUUGAAGUGAAGAAAACAAUGGACUGUGUUGCUGAACUGAUACAUCUCCAUGAUUCCAGAAGAGAAAACUCUAGAGACUCUAGGUGAAUGACCACUCGUCAAAGAAAUGGGGCAGUGGGUUUAAAUUUGAGACUGACACCCUACCUGACCCUGCCUGUGCCAGCGUCUGCCCAUGGGCUAGCACAUCGCUAAUAUGUAUAUGCACAUAUACAUGUACAUUGCAUUGUAUUGUGAUGCUCGUAUUGUUGUGUAAAGAUUUCUAUUGCUAUUUAUUGGAGAUAUCCCUGCCCCACCCUUAUUAUUCUUCCAUGGACAAGCUGCUUGGAGUUGGAGAGACUUCUCCAAUUUCCACAACCGUGUUUUUUUUUUUUUUUUCCCUCCCUCUUGAGCAUCAGUUCUCAAGCAAAGGAAAUGGUUUUAUUCAUUUUCGGCCCCUCAUAUUGAACUGUAAACUUCAAAAAUACCUCUUCAAAAACUCCACUCCUGUUCCUGGAGAUUGAGUGGGACAUCUCUGAUCUCUUGGCUGGAGAGCUUACUGCUGAAGCUUUGAGAAUGGCUCUCUGUCACUUAAAGUUUGAUAAUAUAUUUACUACAGUGCUAUUUGUGGCUGUGUCCCCCAUCCACUCUGAAGGGCCCUGAGUGUACUAUGAAAAUGCUAUUAAUGUUUAAUUCCCAACUCUGGGUCUCUUCCCAGCUAGCCUUGAUCCGUUGCGUCUUAGUGCCUUUGUUUCAGUGGCGCAGGCAUCGCACAAAUAGCCUACGUAUUUACUAAGAGGAAACUGCCCACAACAGGUCCUCGAGUCCCCAAAAUGUGUUUACACCAAUAGUAAUAUUUACCAACAAAAAGCUCUAUGAUGUGCUCCCCAACGUGCUUACUUAUGUGUAUGUGUGACUGAGAUGCUUUUGAUUUGGAUUACUUGGUGUGUAUUUGAAGCCUGCACUAUGAGUUGCAGAUGAUAACGAUGGUGGUGAUAUACACUAUGUCCAUAGUGUUUUAAUUGAGUACAGAAGCUGUGCCUACAUGGAUUCUUGCCGUGUUUUACCCAGUUUUCAGGGUCCUAUUACUCCCUUGGUUUUUCAAGGGGCCUUAUGUUGAAAAGAUAUUUUUAUGCCUUUUAGUAUCCGUUUCAUCAUGUUUAUGUUUUAUAAUAUUUUUCAUGGCUUCCUUGGCUCCACUUGUAAACUGUAAAUUAUGCGUUCUAUAGAGCUCAGUUGAAAAGAUGCCUCGGUACUUUAAUUAUUGUAAUUAUGAAGAGAUGUAGCCUUUAUUAAAAUGUUCUAUUUUUCAAAUUAGCAAA